AUGUCUCGCCAGAAGCACGCCAAACCUUCCAGCGACCCUUCACUCCAGACACAGCGACUUCCUGCUCAGAAGUCUCGCUCUGGUCGAGUGCCGGCAGAUGAGCCACAAACAGAGCACAGGGAGCGCAAGACCAAGGUGCACAAGAUGCACAUUAAGACGAGCACUACCUUGCCUUCCGGCGAAGAGUCGGACACAGAAGACUUCUCUGAGAACGAUGAAGACGCGGACAACAAGGGCACUCUGCCAUCUCAUGAGUUAUCCAUCUCGGAUCGACGUCCAGCUCCGCACUCCUGUGGCAAGACUGCUCCCGAGAUCAUGAUCUCAGAUCGCCAGCCUGCCCCGUACUCACGAUGCAAAGCUGCUCCUGAGAUCUCACCUCUGCCCGGCCAUCCUCUGCAGCACAAGCAUCUACUUAAGCUUGCUGCUACUGGCAAUCGGAAGGUUGAGACGAGGGCCGACGAGCCUGGCAAGGUGGAGGUUGGCAUCCAAGGGCCAGUCACCGUCAACGGCCUACUUGCAAGACUCAUAGAAAUACUUGCCGACUACCCAAUUCUCCUGUGCAUCACAGCUGUGCUCCUUUGCGCGAUCUCUAUGCCCGUCAUAACCAUCUUCGCGCAGGUCGUUCUGGAGCACAAGGUCUUAUUGUUCUGGCUCUGGCUCUUCGGAUACAAGUUUUGGUGA